AUGGAUUCACCUGUUGUACUUUCCGCUUACGACCCAUCAGGUCAAUAUUUGUGCUACGUGACCGUAGCUUUGGACAAACAACGUAUUGGUGUGCAGCCCACUCAGAGGGCUACUACUUCCGGGGUUGAUGCUGUAUGGAAUGAUAAUUUUCUGUAUUUAGAAGAUUCAAAAUUGAAAGUGACAUGUUUGAAGUGGGUGACCUUGGCUUCUUCAGACACAGUGGCUAUUAUAUUAGGUAUGAAUAGCGGUGAGAUUUGGUUAUAUUCGGUACUGGCCAACGAGGUCACUUACAAAUUUACUACAGGCAAUUCUUACGAAAUUAAAGACUUGGAUUUGAUGGGCAACGAAUUGUGGUGUAUCGACUCCAGCGACGCAUUUUAUCAGUUCGAUCUUUUAGAAUUUAAACUGUUGCAGCAUUUCAGGAUAAGCGACUGCGUUCAAUUGAACAAGCUAACCAUUGUUCCUACAGGAAAUUCAAUCACAAAGCUUUUGGUGGCAUCUCAUUCCAUUUCUUUGAUCGAUAUCGAAGAAAAGAAGGUUAUAUCGACGUUUCCAGGUCAUGUAUCUCCAGUAUCGACGCUGCAAAUUAUAACCAAUGAUUUCUUCGUAUCUGGUGCAGAAAAUGAUAGAUUUUUGAACGUAUACGAUAUUCAUUCUGGUAUGACCAAAUGCGUCCUUGUGGCUGAGUCAGAUAUCAAAGAGUUGUCCCAUUCAGGCCAAGCUGAUUCGAUCGUAGUAACGACUGAGGAUGGUAAUUUAGAAAUCUUCGUUGACCCACUGGUAUCGAAUUCAACAAAGAAAAGAGGUAACAAGUCCAAAAAAUGUAGUAAAAAGAUUCAAAUUGCUAGUAAAGACGGCAAAAAGAUCCCGAUUUAUAACGCCUUCGUUAAUAAAGAAGUUUUGAAUGUGUCAUGGUUACAAAAUGCUACAAUGCCUUUCUUCAAGAACUUGCAAUGGAGAGAAUUACCCAAUGAAUAUACCGCUGAAAUUUCCUUAAGUUGGAAUAUUAAGAAUAGAUCCGCCAAUCGUGAUUUACAUGGUACAGACCUUGCUUCAGCUACCAAUUAUGUGGAAGGUAACGCGAGGGUCACUUCUGGAGAUAAUUUUAAGCAUGUUGAUGAUGCUAUAAAGAGCUGGGAAAGAGAAUUGACUUCCUUGGAACAAGAGCAAGCUAAAUCCCUGCACCCAAAUGAACUAUUGACGGAAACUUUUGGUGACAAGCUGGAAUCAAGCACUGUCGCAAGACUCAAUGGGAAGAAGAAUAAUUUAAAGGGUUCCAAUCUCAAGACUGCCACCACAACAGGUACAGUAACAGUCAUUUUGUCGCAAGCAUUACAGUCUAAUGAUCAUUCACUAUUGGAGACAGUGCUCAAUAACCGUGAUGAAAGAGUCAUUAGAGAUACCAUUUUCCGUCUGAAACCAGCCUUGGCUGUCAUCCUCUUGGAAAGGUUGGCGGAGAGAAUUGCAAGACAAACCCAUCGUCAAGGCCCAUUGAACGUUUGGGUAAAAUGGUGCUUGAUCAUUCAUGGUGGCUAUUUGGUUUCCAUCCCAAAUUUGAUGUCCACUUUAUCGUCGUUGCAUUCCACUUUGAAAAGGCGCUCCGAUUUACUACCAAGAUUACUAGCACUGGAUGCCAGGUUAGAUUGUACCAUAAAUAAGUUCAAGAGUUUGAAUUAUGAAACAAGUGACAUCUACCUAUCAGAACCAGUUAUCGAAGAAGAUGAGGAAGAGGUUGAAUAUAAUGAGGAACUCGAUGAUGCCGGUCUUAUAGAAGAUGGCGAAGAGUCUUAUGGAAGUGAAGACGAAGGCAGUGAUAGUGGUAACGAAGAGGAAGACGAAAAGGAAUAUACCUCAUCUAAACAAGACGGUCACUUGGAAGGAGAGCAUACCAACCCUGAAGAGGAAGAAGCAGGUUAUAGUGAUGUUGAAAUGGAAUAG